CGACAGUCUCGUCUUGAAUCAAUCGAAUCCUCUCUCAACCAUCAUCUGUGACAAAACGACACCAUCCACCAGGAGUAGCAGCGUCUCGAUUCAUUUGUGCAUCAUGUCGUUCGUCAACGUACCCACCCUCAAGCUCUCUACCACCGGCGAUGCUAUGCCCAUCGUAGGAACCGGUCUCUGGAAGGUUCCCGAGAACGCCUGCGCAGAAUCGGUCUACCAAGCCAUCAAGGCUGGGUACCGUAUGUUCGACAGCUCUUCCGACUAUGCUAACGAACAUGAGUCUGGAAAGGGUCUCAAACGGGCCAUUGACGAGGGGCUUGUGAAGCGGGAAGACGUCUUCAUCGUGACCAAGCUCUGGAACACUUUCAAGAAAGCUGAGAACGUCGAACCGGAGUGCAAGAGGCAGCUUGCCAACUGGCAGACCGAUUACUUUGAUCUCUAUCUCAUCCACUUCCCUAUCGCUCUGCAAUAUGUCGACCCUGCCACACGAUACCCUCCCGAAUGGUUCGCCGAUGGCAAAUCCGGUAUCGUCACCGAACGAUCCCCCCUUCACCUGACCUGGCCCGCCAUGGAAUCGCUCGUCGACAAGAAGCUCGUCCGAAACCUCGGAGUGUGUUCUUUCCCCGGAGCGUUGUUGAUGGACCUGAUGACAUAUGCCCGGAUCCCGCCUUCGGUGCAUCAGGUGGAGAUGCAUCCUUACAACGUACAGGAGGAUCAAUUGCAGCUCUGCAAGGCGUUUGAUAUCAAGAUGAUGGCGUUCUGUUCGUUUGGGCCUGCCAGCUGGGUCGAACUGGACGUCCCCACCGUCAAACAAGUCGACCCCCUCUUCACCCAUCCGAUCAUCACCAAGCUCGCGUCCAAGCACUCCCGCACGCCCGGACAGAUCCUCCUUCGAUGGGCGACCCAGCGCGGGUUCAUCGUCAUCCCCAAGAGCGUCAAACCCGAGCGUAUGGCCGAGAACCUGAACAGCACCGACUUUGACCUGGAGAAGGAGGACAUCGAGGAGAUCUCGGGGCUGGAUCGGAGGUUCAGGUUUGGGGAUCCCAAGGCUUUCGACCCAAAGUUGAGCAUCUUUGCAUGAUUGAUGAUCGCGCGUAGAGACCGGGGCGGCAACCAUAUCCUUGCAAAGACCAUCAAACUUGUAGCGCAUGCAUAUAGAGGCCGUAUUCACACAUGCAGACAUGCGUGAAUAGAGAUACAACGUCACCUGACACAGAAAAUCUGGAGAUAUCCGGUUGACCUAUGACCCAGGGGAACAAGUGUUUCUCCCGA